CCCUCUCAGGAAGAACCUGCACUUCCUCCUCCCGUCACUCUUUAACUUCCAGCGCUCAGGACGUGUUUCCUGAUCCUGGGAAGCCAAAGGGCCGCGCAGAGGAUGGCGGUUCUGGUUGCUAAGCGGACGGUGCCGGGGUUCUCGUGGUGGCGCAGCUCGGCGCUCAGUUUGCGGGGAAGUCUGGGCCGGAGCGCGCGGGACGCCGCGCGGCUGCCCUGCCUCGGCCUCGUCUGCGUGGGUCACCGCAGGCUGCACACCGAAGAACCAGUGGAAGUGGACUUCAAGAGGUUAGAGGGCAAAGACGAAGGAAUCAUAGAGGUGCUGAUGUGCCGACACAAAGCCAGGAAUGCACUCGGCCACGUGUUUGUGUCACAGAUGAGGGAGCUGAUGACCGCUCUGUCCUGUGACUCAGCGGUGCGUGUGGUCAUCCUCAGGAGUUUAGUGCCUGGCGUGUUCUGCGCAGGAGCCGACCUGAAAGAGAGAGCGCUGAUGAACCACACCGAGUCGGAUCUGUUUGUUCACAGCCUGCGGUCCCUCAUGACUCAAAUAGCAAUGCUGCCCUCGCCGACCAUCGCAGCCAUCGACGGUGUGGCUCUGGGAGGAGGGCUGGAGGUCGCCUUAGCCUGUGACCUCCGCACCGCUGCAUAUUCUGCACAGAUGGGUCUGAUUGAAACGACGCGUGGGCUGCUCCCAGGGGCAGGGGGCAGUCAGCGGCUGCCGCGGACGGUCGGCAUCACCCUGGCCAAGGAGCUCAUAUUCACAGGACGCCGCGUGGGGGGGCAGGCAGCCCUGGACAUGGGGCUUGUAAACAGAGCUGUGGAACAGAACCAGGCAGGAGACGCAGCCUACAGAGAGGCGCUCAGCCUGGCCAGGGAGAUACUGCCUCAAGCCCCUAUUGCUGUUCGAAUGGCCAAAGAGGCGAUGAAUAGAGGGAUGGAGGUCGACAUCGGUUCUGCGAUGGCCAUAGAGAGGAUGUGUUACGCUCGGGUCAUCCCCACGCGGGACAGACAGGAGGGCAUGGCAGCCUUCAUCGAGAAGAGGCCCCCGCGGUACACGGGGGAAUGAAUCUGUCAGAGUUCUGUCCCCUCAAACCACAGGAUGGAGGUCAGCUUUAAAUGCUCAGUGAUGACUUUGUUGCUUUUGCGAUGAUCAAAACAAGCCUGAGCUUUCAUUUUUCUAUUUUUUUUAUUUAUGGAAGAUAACGUCAGCACAUUUGACCUCAUGUGGCUCCUUGCUCUUUGACUUUGUUACUGUCCACUUUAGAAGCUUGAAAUGAAAGGCAAAAGAAAAAGUGUCAUUUGUGGCAGCAUACAUUCUUUAUUUUAAAAACUGAAAAAUGCGACUGAGCAGCAACAUGGCACUAUCUAAAAACCAACACACACAAUGCGACUUUCAAAUGGUUCUUUCGCAAUCCAGCUGGGUGAUGCUGAGGGGGAGACAGGAAUAAAAUCUUUUAGGAGCAACAGAAAAAAAAUUCAUCAUCUUUUUAGUUACCAAUCAAUCGGGGGGGCAAAUAAAUUAUUGGAUCUUUAGAACCAGCUCAAAAUGACCAUCUUUUGCAGAGCAGGUAAACUGCAGGUAUGCUUUGCUGAUAAAGUACCAUUUUGUAGAGUUUGUGCAGAUCUUCUGAACUGCGACUUCUCCUUUGCCUCCAACAGUGACGGGCAUUAAUGGGAACUUCAGACUUGAGGCCACUGUUUGCUUUGUAACGAGAAAAGAGUCAGGCGAUAAUUUUCAUGCAGUGCAGAAUAGUUCCCCCCUCGUCUAUUAUGUACACUUUCCACACAGUCUGGAAGAUGCAGCAGCUGCACAGACGUACUCACACACAGGAAGUGCUUUCUGUCUUUAACCUAAUAUAUACAAAAACUUUCUAAAACAGUAGAGAGAUGCAUCUCAGAUCUAUCCAGACUGUUCCACAUCAGCAUUUCCACCCAGAGGAAUGCUCACGUGUUUCUCUUACUUGGACUGCCCUCUGGAUUCUCAAAUUUUGGAAUAACACCUUCAUGAUUUGCCAUAUAAGGUUGAUGGAUUCCAGAAGAAGCUUCAGCAGUACUGCAGACCCGAAGCUGUGGCUUUCAGCAAACAAUCACAGACACAGGCAUUCCUAAAACGAAUAAAAAUGAGCAUUCAGACCUGCAUGCUUUAGCUGAAAGCGGCUCCAUGCACACGUUUAAAGAGGUCACCGAUCCAGACAACCACAGCAUUCAACCAAAGGCUCCAAGGUCUCGUAUUUUUGGGAGGAAAGUCCCCUUGACGCCUAACAGGAUGAACAAAAACUCACUGUUGAGCUUAACUGACGAAGAGCUUUUCAUAUUAUAUGUUUUUAACCAUAAGAUUUAUACACAGAGAUACUUUUGUUUCAAAAUAAACACAGAAAAUAAAUACAGUUCAAGUGUGCAAAGAAUUGCAAUGUCUCUGUCGGUUAGUCCGUUGACUUUUGGUGCGUGUUUGUGUGCAGGAUAUGGAUUCGUUCUGCAGACACAAACUCCCUGCACUGUGAUGGCAGCCCGGCCACGCCCCCUUUUGUUAUCGUGGUGCACUUUCUGAAAGCGAUGCAGAAACAUCUAUGAGCUGUCUGCAUCCCAGUUCAAAAAUGAGCCCUUUCAGAUGCUUUACCUGGGAUAGGUCAUUGCGGCGGCGGGCGGUGGCUCGUGUGUGCCGGCUGGCCUGUGCGGGCUCGGUGGCGCUGCAGGUUCUCCAGAAUGCUCCCAGCCAGGAGCCUGACGUCUGUGUGGGUCUGCAGGUGUUUGUGAACGUGCUCUAACUGCUGCAGGCCGCCCUCCUCCAACAGCAUGCUGCAGUAGCGAGAUGCUGCGGACAAGAGGCCGUGUAAUAUUUAAAAACUUUUAAUAGCUGAGCAAACAGCCUGUAUGUACACUGAUAAUACCAUUUUUUUUAUUAUUUUUUUUUUUUAUUAAACGUCUCACCAUUCUUGCUGCACACAUGUUGCAUAGCCCAGGCCGCCCACAGUUGCACACCAGGGGUGUGAAAACACUCCAGAAGGGGAAAGAAGGGGUUAAAAGACCUAGAGGGGAAUAGGCAUUGUUUUGAAAGUCAGAAAAAUGUUUCAAUUUCUGACAAUUGUGAUAAAAUACAUAAAAAUGGCAAACACAAGUGCUAAUUUCAAUCAACAAACAAGAAAUAUAAUAAAAUCAAGCUAAAAUUAACAGGGAACAGGUACUGGAAAUCCAGGAUUGGGGUGAUGCGGUUUCUCUUCCAACCAGAAAACAAGCAAAAGCAUUCUUGAUCAGCUUAACUGUAAAAUGUAGAGUUGCAGUUAUCCAGCUGAGAUGUUGUGAAGGCAUAGAUUACCUAGUAGUGUUUUGAUAAAAAUGCUCCACCUUCACCAAAUACCUCACAUAAAAGAAGCUGGAUUUAACCACAGCGCUAAUUUGGUUAAAAUCAUUGUCCAUUUUUAAUCCAGAUUUGACACAAAUUGUUUUAGAUGUGGACCUUGGGGUCCCAGAUCCACUAUGAAGGGGGUCACAGGAGCUGCUUGGGAAAUCACUUCUGUGUUAUUAUCAAUAAAUCUUAAAAAUCUCAGGGACACCCAGUCUUUGAUGAUGAUAAUGGAGGGACACACCAAACCCUUUUUGUAAUUUGUAGCAUGGUAACAUUUGUCAGCACAACAACGAAAAGAAAAGUGUUUUCUCAGAAUGUAGCCCAGAGGACGGAGGGUACAGGCUGAAUCAAAGAAGUCCCAUAAUAGAGCCCUGCGGAACCCCAAACAACAGUGGAGCAGUUGAAGAAAAACCUUAGAAAAACAUUUUUUUUUCCAUCAGUUUUAAUAUGGACAAAAUGACAAAUAGAAAAGUACCUCUCUGUGUUAAUCCUCAAGCCAAUUGUCUGCUAUCUUCAUUUUUUUCCGAAACAAAAGAAUAACGCAAAUAAUUCACAUAAUAGGUAAGCCUCCUGAAACACUGGAUGGUUUGCCAGAACCUCUUCAAGGCCAAUUGGUUUGUGAGAACCUCUUCGAGGCCUCACUGAACUCCUCCCAGGACCUAGUUCUUGCUUCUAAAACAGCCUAGGCCGCAGCUCACUUAGACCGCCGGUACCUGUCAGCUGCCUCUGGAGUCCCACAAGCCAGCCAGGCUUUAAUAGGAUUCCUCCUUCAGCUUGACGACAUCCCUUACUUUCGGUUUCCACCUUCGAGUUCAUGGUUACCACCAUGAGAGGCGCCAGAGAGCUUGCAAUCAGAGCUCCGAACAGCAGCAGAGACAAUGGAGGUGUGGAGCAUGAUCUAUUCAGAUUCUAUGUCACCAUCCUCCCUCUGUACCUUUUUGAAGUUCUCCCGAAUGUGGGAGUUAAAGACCUCUGUGACUAAGGGCUGACAGACAGACAUUCCUCACAGACUCACAGUACGUUUAGUUCUGCUAAGUCUCAUUCCCCACCAGCAAAUCCAACUUGCCACCAGGUAGUGAUCAGUGGACAGCUCUGCCCCUCUCUUUACUCGAGUGUCCAAGACACAUGGGUGAAGGUCUCAUGAAACAACUGCAACGUCAGUCAUUGAUCCCCUGCUGAGGGUGUCCUGAUGCCAAGAGUAUCGAUGGACACCUUUGUGCUCAAAUAUGGUAUUUGUUAUGGACAAACUAUGAUGAGCACAUAAGUCCAACAACAAAACACCGCUCGGGUUCAGAUCAGGGAGGCCAUUCCCACAAAUCAUGUCCCCCCAGGUGCCACGAGAGAAUAUAAGGUCCCCCAGGAGGAUGAUGGAGUCCCCCAUUGGGGCACUUUCGAGUACCUCGUAUGAGACACAAGAUAGGCCGGGUACUCCGAACUGUUGUUCGGCCCAUGGACCGAGACCACAAUUUGAGACCUGCUCAAAGGCGAAGGGACAUGACUCUCUUGUCCACCGGUGUGAACUCCAAUACUUUUUCACGUUGCGCAACUCCAGAAAGGGUCCAACCCCUCUUGAGAGACAGAGUUUCAGAGCGUUUAGGUGAGCCCAACUAUAUCUAGCCGGUACCUCUCACACAAGCUCGGGCUCUUUCCCUCUCAGAGGGAUAACAAUCCAUGUCCCAAAGGCCAAGUUCCAUGACCGGGGUUUGGGCCGCCUUCGAUUGCAACCCAAAUCAUAUUGCACCAGCCCCUUUUGAGCUCUCUUAUAGGUGUUGGGCCCAUUGGAGAGGGACACUUUCCUUUUCAGUUAAUUUUUGACACUAACAUAAGAGCAACAUCAAUGCACAGUAACACAUAGCAGACACGUGGAGUCCUUUGGUCUGCGUGGUCUCACCUGUAUGCCACCAUCUCGCACUCGGGUGUUGGCCACUUCAUGAUGACCGCGUGCUGCAGAGACGCACAAACAAACGAGGCUCAACACACGUAACGAAAGGUCAAAUCGAGUUUUUCACGAGGAGUUUCCUCCUUCCUACCAGCUGCUCCAGCAGAGAGGAGCGCAGACUGGGCUUGAGCGUCCAGGCCUCCUCUCCACGUGAUGUUAGAUGUGCGAGAAUGCCCGCGGCAAAGUAGCUGACCUCCACCUCCGGACUGUGGAGCAGAUUGCUGAUGUGGUCUAGAAAGCCUUGCACCAUCAGCUCUCCGUGCAGCUCUCCCACCUCAGCGAUGUUGUUCUGCACAGUAAGCAUUAAAAAAAAA